CCCUUUCCUCACCUAUCUCCCACACACGUGCGAGCCUUCUCCCAGAACUCCCGCCGCUCCACUUUCCCUUCCCUCGCCGAUUUUUUUCUCUUUCUGUGCGCAUAUCCCACCCCCACCCCCACCCCCACGCCGUUGUUCUUCUUCAUCCAGCACGACCGGUCUGAAGCCGGCGUCCUCCUCUCGCACAGACCGUCGUCGGGUCGAAGCGGCCUCCUCUCGCACAGACCGUCGUCGGCUCGAAGCGGCUACCUCGGACCCGGUCUGAAUCGUCGACUUGCAGGCGGAAGAAGACACAACCGUGGUGUGUACGUCAAAGAGAAGCAUGAUUCCAUGGAAGUAGAUGAUCAAGGAAGAGUGCAAAGCAUGGCUAUUGUGGCCACGACAGAAAAGGAUGAUGCAUUCCUGGAUGCAUCACUCACUGCCUCAAAGCCUUUUCAAAAUGUCGAAUGGGAAGAUCUUCUUGAAGAUGAUGUUGAAAUAACCAAAGCCCAACCUGCCAUCUAUGAAAGGAAAAAAAGAAAGAGGCAUGGCGAAGGGAACACGAUGGUCUUUUGAAGAUGAUGGUCUUAUGAAGAAUGUCAACUAAUUUAAUCAUCGGUGGAGCUCAUCUAAUCUUAUAGAAUUGGAUGAUCUGAAAUUAGUUUCUUUUAGAUUAGUCAACAUUGGAAUGUUGGAAUGUGUUGACAUUUGAGUUGUAAAUAGUAAUGCUUGUUUUUUUAGAUUAGUUGGCAUUGAGCUUUGAGAUGUUGGAGAGUAUAUGACAUUUGGGUUGUAAAUGAUAAUGCUUGUUUUUGGUCAUGGAACACUUUGUUUGUAAAUAUGAUUGUUUUUCACUUAAGAGUCAAAGACUCUGUAAA